ACGUCAAAACAAUAUUAUUCAACACUAUUCAAAAUAAUAAUUGACCUGCAAAAAGAUAAAAAAGAAGUGUUUUUCCUACCAAAAUGAAUCGCAAUUCCGAAUUAAUCGCGAUAACACAAAAAUAAUCUUAAUUCAUAGGGUUAAUGAAAUUAUGGAAGAUCGACUUAGCGUAAAAUCUAACGAGUCAAUAGCAACCAGCGACGAAUUUGACUUCGUAUCAGAUAAACCGGGAGCAAGUAAAACGCCAACCUUGAAUAUCAUCGGCGGAGGAUUCACAGAACUCGAAAUUACAAUGAGUGAGGUUUUACGGGAAUCGGAGGGUUUUCAAAAUGAAGUUAUUGAGGGGAUAGAACCGAGAAAAGUUGGCCAAUCGAGAUUUUAUAGUCCAGUUGAACCUGGAACUGAUCCGUUAAGUGCUCCCACAGAAAUUUCACCGACAGAGAAAAAGGAUGAUAUGAAACCAGAUUAUAGUGAUGAAGAAGUGUCCGAUGUUGAUCAAGAUUGCACAAUAUUUAGCGGUGUCACAUAUUUAGGAGCCGCAGCAAUAAACGCUCCCAAAUCGGAAACAGAAAUCCAAAGAAAUAUGGUUGUUUUAAACGAACAAACCACCGAUCAAGGUAUUAAAGUCUCCGUUUCCGUUCCCUCCUCAUCUCAAGGAUUCGUUGUAUUAUAUGAUGCGAUAACAAAUUCUGUUAUUUCCCGUUUUGAAAUCCAAAGAAUCUUAUUUUACGCUCGCGGAAUCGCCGAGAGUAAAGAGGCGAGUUGUUUUGCUUUUACGUGGUCGCACGGCGAUACCCAGGAAUCUGCUAUAUUCCAAUGUCACGUGUUUCGGUGUGAUAUCGCCGAGGCGGUCAGUCGAGUUUCCGCUUGUUUCGCCAAAGCAUUUCAAAGAGUCCCUCGUUCAAUGAGUAGUUCAGUUGCUUCCGCUGCUGAUAUGUCCGCAUCAAUAACAACUAUUUCCGAGGCGAGAACCCUGGUUUAUGUGUUUGAAGUAAAUUUAGAAAUUAAAGAAGAUGAAGGAAAAGGAGCUUUUUCAACGGUAGCGAAAGAUAGAAGUGGUUUUAAGUUAAGAAGUAACCUAGAAAAACAAUUAUGUUUAACAAUAAAACACGUUUCCGAUAAUGGACCUCAAUUGUAUAUCGAAAGGUGUUUUGGGGUUUUAGUGGCCGCCGGGAGACACGUUCGACACUCCGAUAUGCAAUUAUUGGAAAUGGUACAAAUGGGAAAUUCGAAUCAAAGCGGCAACGAUCGGCAGUGCACGAUGAUCUCGGCUUUAUGGGAUCCAACCGAAGAGGCUUUCGAGCCCUUAAAUACCGAGACGAAAUCGAAUCAGACAAAAGAACUGAAACAAUACAUGACGGUGGCUGUCGAUUUGGUGAUAAGGGGGAUUCAAGAACCGGUUCGUUUUCAAAUCGAAACGCCGAUUAGAGUUUAUACGCAAUCGGAACGGUUUUGGUAUUUUCAAAAAAAAUCUCUGGUUCAACAGUUUUUUUUAAAUUUAAAAGAGGUUAUGAACGCGGAUCAAACUGAUGUUUAUUACGAGGUGUUAAGCAUGGAAACGUCCGGCGAAUUGGAUAGAAAUCGAUUAAAUUUAACGCUGAAUCUAUCUAGCUUGAUACAAUCGCCCAGUAUCACUUCUAUUGAUACCAUUACACCCAAAGAUGAACAUUUAUCAGAUGGUGACGAACCAUUGUUAAGCGGUACAGGUCAAGUUUCAAAAGACUGCGCAGAAGAUGUUUUAGAAAAUUGGGCGGACGUCCUUCAAAAAUGGAAAACGACCGAUCAACGCCCGAAGCAACUCUCCGCGCUCGUAAAACUAGGUAUUCCGGAGGCUCUAAGAGGUGAAGUUUGGCAACGAUUAGCAGGCAGCGACGACCAACUCCUCGAAACAUAUCGUAUCCUAAUGACGAAAGAAUCUAGUUGCGAAAAUGUCAUCGAACGCGAUAUCGCCCGAACAUUUCCCGCUCACGAUUUCUUUAAAGAAGCUGGAGGACAGGAAUCUCUCUAUAAAGUCAGUAAAGCGUAUGCUGUUUAUGAUGCUGAAGUGGGUUAUUGCCAGGGAUUAAGUUUUUUAGCCGCCACCUUAUUAUUACAUAUGCCUGAAGAGCAAGCAUUUUCCGUUUUGGUAAAACUAAUGUAUGAUUAUAGUUUAAGGGAUUUAUAUAAAGACGGAUUUGAUAAUUUAUAUUUGCGUCUCUAUCAAUUAAAUAAAUUGAUGGAGGAACAACUGGGGCCGUUAUGGCAACAUUUUACUGCUCAUCACGUUGAAACCCAUAUGUUUGCUUCCCAAUGGUUUUUAACACUUUUUACUGCUCGAUUUCCUUUAUAUUUCGUUUUCCAUAUCAUCGACGUUUUUCUUCUUCAAGGAAUCGAUACUUUAUUUCAAGUUGCUUUAGCUUUAUUAUCGAUGUGUAUGAAAGAUCUUCUCCAGUUAGAUUUCGAAGGUAUCCUAAAAUAUUUCCGAGUAAGUUUACCAAAAAAAUGUCGUUCCGAAGAGAUCGCCAAACAGAUAAUGAAAAAAGCGUGCGGAAUCAAAGUGAAAAAACUGAAAAAAUACGAAACGGAUUUUAUCGCAUUAAAGGACAGCUGGGACAUUAUCAAUUUGGAUACAGAGGCUGCGGACAAAGAGGAAUCAGAGGCGUCCGAGGUGGCCAAGUUGCACGCCGCUUUGCAACGGAGCGAUGAGGAGAAACGCUUGAUGUUGGACGAAAUCGCUCAAUUGAAGGAGAUUCUUAAACGGGAGGUGACCCAAGCGGAGAAUGAAAAAAUCACCAAUCAAAGUGUUCUAAACGAAUGCAAAGGCGUUAAACAACGAUUAGCCAAUCAAUUGGCACUUACGACGAGUAAACUUGAAUUAAUCACAAACAAAAUCUGUGACAACUGCAAAAAAAUCCUCGAAACCGAAUUAAAAGAAUCUGAAAACGACGAAGAAGAACCAAUCACAUCAGAGCGCGUUCGCGAAUUAGAACUCGAAUUAGCCCAAGUAAAACUAGCAAAAGUAGAGGCCGAAUGUAAAAACCAAGAUCUCACCCACAAGUUGCGUUCGACCGAGGUAGAAUUGAGCACCGCGAAGAACUCGUGGCCUCCGUGGUUGAGCAAAACGUUGACGUCGAUCAAAGAGGUUGCUAAUAAAAAGGAUUUUACGACUCACUUCACUUAUCCAGGACACGUACCCACAUCAACGCCGUCUUUCGUUUCGCACAUCAAUUCGUUACGUAGAGAUUCAGCGCCGAUUUUAAAAGAUUCGCAGAGUUGUAGUAGUUUAAAACAACCAAAUUAACUCGAUUCAUUUUUGAUUCUCAAUCUAAUACUUUAAUUAAUUAUAUUUAAAGAAAAAGUUUAUUUUAUUGACUCGAUUUUUGAUUUCUAAGUAGGGUUAAAAAUUUGACGUUUUUGAAAUGUCAAUAAGAAUGAUAUUUUAUUUGCCA